CGGCCACGGCGGCGCGCGCCCGCCCUCCAUUAAACAGCUUAACGCUGCCGUUGCUGGCUCGUGUUCGGUGCCGCGCCUCUCUCCUUCCCUGCCUCCCCUCCCCCACCCCGUUUCCUUUUUCCUCUGCGCGUUCUGGUUCUGGCCCCCUCGCGUGCACGAGUGGGGGAGGGGAGUGGGGGGAGGGGAGGCGGCGGCGUUGCCUUUCGCCGGUUUUUCUCUGUAUCCAUCCUCGCCAUGGUCCCUACUCCACCCCACUAACCGUUGCCUGCUGGGAUUAGUCUCUAGGGCCAUAGGUGGGACGCGGCGGAGGGUGUGGAGGAAGGUGAGGACCUGGCGGCAGCAGGAGCCGGAGUGCCGGAGACACGCGGGUGGAGGCUGAGGCCCGCAGGAGGAAGGAACAAGGAGCGGCGGCGGCGGAGGCAGCAGCUGGAAGGGUUCCCGACGUGGCCGCCAGAAUCUCCCGGGCGGAUUUUAUCUGCGGUGGUGAAGCGUCAGGGAUUUUUAACGUGGUGGUGACUGGCGGCGGCAGUGGCGGCAGCGCGUAGUCUGGGGAGCGCGGCGGGGAUCGUGCCCGCGCCCCUCGGCCGCCUGUGUGGCUAAUCCCCCCCCCGAUCUGGACCAUGGCCGACGACGACGUGCUGUUCGAGGAUGUGUAUGAGCUCUGCGAGGUGAUCGGCAAGGGUCCAUUCAGCGUUGUGCGGAGAUGUAUCAACAGGGAGACUGGACAACAGUUCGCCGUAAAGAUUGUCGAUGUGGCAAAGUUCACUUCAAGUCCAGGAUUAAGUACAGAAGAUCUAAAGAGGGAAGCAAGUAUCUGCCACAUGUUGAAACAUCCUCAUAUUGUUGAACUUUUGGAGACAUACAGUUCUGAUGGAAUGCUUUAUAUGGUUUUCGAAUUUAUGGAUGGUGCAGAUCUCUGCUUUGAAAUUGUAAAAAGAGCCGAUGCUGGUUUUGUAUACAGUGAAGCUGUAGCCAGUCAUUACAUGAGACAGAUACUGGAAGCACUACGUUAUUGUCAUGAUAAUAACAUAAUUCAUAGGGAUGUGAAGCCACACUGUGUACUGCUUGCCUCAAAGGAAAAUUCAGCACCUGUAAAACUUGGAGGUUUUGGCGUUGCUAUUCAAUUAGGGGAAUCCGGACUCGUCGCUGGAGGCCGUGUAGGAACACCUCAUUUCAUGGCCCCAGAAGUAGUAAAAAGAGAGCCUUAUGGAAAGCCUGUAGACGUGUGGGGCUGUGGAGUGAUCCUUUUCAUUCUUCUUAGUGGUUGUUUGCCUUUUUAUGGAACAAAAGAAAGGUUAUUUGAAGGCAUUAUCAAAGGAAAGUAUAAGAUGAAUCCCAGGCAGUGGAGCCAUAUCUCUGAAAGUGCCAAAGAUCUGGUACGGCGCAUGCUUAUGCUGGAUCCAGCAGAAAGAAUAACAGUUUAUGAGGCACUCAACCAUCCUUGGCUGAAGGAACGUGAUCGCUAUGCCUACAAGAUUCACCUUCCAGAAACUGUAGAACAGCUGAGGAAAUUCAACGCAAGAAGAAAAUUGAAGGGUGCAGUACUAGCAGCAGUAUCAAGCCACAAAUUCAAUUCUUUCUAUGGUGAUCCCCCUGAAGAACUGCCAGACUUCUCUGAAGACCCUACCUCCUCAGGACUUCUAGCCGCAGAAAGAGCAGUUUCUCAGGUGUUGGACAGCCUAGAAGAAAUCCACGCACUUACAGAUUGCAGUGAAAAAGAUUUAGAUUUUUUACAUAGCGUUUUCCAAGAUCAGCAUCUUCAUACACUACUAGAUCUUUAUGACAAAAUUAACACAAAAUCUUCACCACAAAUCAGGAAUCCACCAAGUGAUGCUGUACAGAGAGCCAAAGAGGUAUUGGAAGAAAUUUCAUGUUACCCUGAAAAUAGUGAUGCAAAAGAACUUAGACGUAUUUUAACACAACCUCAUUUCAUGGCCUUACUUCAAACUCAUGAUGUGGUGGCACAUGAAGUUUACAGUGACGAAGCAUUAAGAGUUACACCUCCUCCCACCUCUCCAUAUUUAAACGGAGAUUCUCCUGAAAGCAUCAAUGGUGACUUGGACAUGGAGAAUGUAACAAGAGUACGAUUAGUUCAAUUCCAGAAAAACACAGAUGAGCCCAUGGGAAUCACUUUAAAAAUGAAUGAGCUGAACCACUGUAUUGUUGCAAGAAUUAUGCAUGGAGGAAUGAUUCACCGGCAAGGUACACUUCAUGUUGGUGAUGAAAUUCGGGAAAUAAAUGGAAUCAGUGUAGCAAAUCAAACAGUGGAACAGCUACAAAAAAUGCUUAGAGAAAUGCGAGGUAGUAUCACCUUCAAGAUUGUGCCAAGUUAUCGCACUCAGUCUUCUUCAUGUGAGCAAACAAACUGGGACAAAUACUAUAGAGAUUCCCCCUCUACAUCCAGACAGUCCCCAGCUAAUGGUCAUAGCAGCAUUAACAAUUCUGUUUCGGACUUGCCAUCGACAACACAACCAAAAGGACGACAGAUAUACGUGAGAGCACAAUUUGAAUAUGACCCAGCAAAGGAUGACCUUAUUCCCUGCAAAGAAGCUGGAAUCAGAUUCAGAGUUGGUGAUAUCAUUCAGAUUAUUAGCAAAGAUGAUCAUAAUUGGUGGCAGGGUAAACUAGAGAAUUCAAAAAAUGGAACUGCUGGCCUCAUUCCUUCUCCUGAGCUUCAGGAAUGGCGGGUAGCUUGUAUUGCUAUGGAGAAGACUAAACAGGAGCAACAGGCAAGCUGUACUUGGUUUGGAAAGAAAAAGAAGCAAUACAAAGACAAAUACUUAGCAAAGCACAAUGCAGGGACCCAACACUACUUUGUAUUGGACUCUCAGACUCCCAGAAGGACUGGUCAGCAUCCUCACACAAACCAUCCUGAUCUUGUCACUUAUGAAGAAGUAGUAAAAUUGCCAGCGUUCAAAAGGAAAACACUAGUCUUACUAGGAGCUCACGGUGUUGGGAGAAGACAUAUAAAAAAUACACUAAUCACAAAACAUCCAGACAGAUUUGCAUACCCUAUUCCACAUACAACCAGACCACCAAAGAAAGAUGAAGAGAAUGGAAAGAAUUAUUACUUCGUAUCACAUGACCAAAUGAUGCAGGACAUUUCCAACAAUGAAUAUUUGGAAUAUGGUAGCCAUGAAGAUGCAAUGUAUGGGACAAAACUAGAAACGAUACGGAAGAUCCAUGAACAGGGAUCAAUUGCAAUACUUGAUGUAGAACCGCAGGCCCUGAAGGUUCUGAGGACUGCAGAGUUUGCUCCUUUUGUUGUUUUUAUUGCUGCACCUACAAUUACCCCAGGCAUUCAUGAGCUGCCAAAAUGGUGCAGAAAGCUGCCUGAUGAAUCUCUUCAGCGCUUGCAAAAAGAAUCUGAAAUCUUACAGAGAACAUAUGCACAUUACUUUGAUCUUACUAUUAUCAACAAUGAAAUCGAUGAAACAAUCAGGCAUCUGGAGGAAGCCAUUGAGCUUGUUUGUACAGCAUCACAGUGGGUUCCUGUCUCCUGGGUGUACUAGUCCUAUCACCAGAAGAAUUUUAUCAUUGCUGGGAACCGCCUCAUACAUGGAACAACCUCGUUGUUAUUGACCUUGUGUCAGCAGGUCUUGGCCCCUAGAGACUACCUAGAUGUAGUGUGACCUAAAUUUAUAAUUAUCGUCAUGUCCUUAUAGAUAGGAGGAGAAAACUCUAAUUUAAAGAGACAGUAUCUUUUUUAAUCAGUUCUCCUAAACUUUAUUAAAAUGUAUCUUUAAAUAUAUGUAUUAUUCAAUCCUUUGGAAUGUUAUAUUUUUGGAAAUCAUAGCUUUUAAUUUCAAAGGCCCCUAAAACUGCACAAAAUAGAUGCUGCUUUCUAUAAUCUAUUUUAAUAAUAAUAUGAUCUGUUACUUGGAGGUGAAACACUACAUUCUUUUUAGAGUCUGAUUUUGUUAAUUGGAAUACCUUGCUUUCCUUUAUUUAUUUGAAAUUAUUGGCCCAGUCAUGGAUGAGAAAAAUUCUUAAAUUCUAAUGGCCUUUCUUUGCUUUUUUUAAUUUUAUUUUUAGAAUAGCAUUUGAAGUACUUUCAUGUAAUAUCCAGAUAAUGUGAUACUGUCUCUUUGAAGAGCUCUGUAAAACUUAUAGAGGUUUGAAGUUGGGUCUUGACUCUUAAUGCAUGUGGACAGUCGCAAGCGUUCAUGCUGUUGGUGUAUCUGUGUUGAAAAAAAAACUGUAAUCUACAGCAAAGUACAUUCCGUUCAUGGGGGGAAGUACCCAAGGGAAUAAAAUUCAAUACUAUGACUAAGUUGUAAAACCUAUGCACAUCCCUUGCAUUUUGGGCAACUUUAUAAACAAAAAUCCUAAUUUUUAUUAAUAAUCAUGUAGUGAAACGUGUUUGUAAUUUUGUCUCAAUUUAAUUUGUUGUAAAAGUGGGAGGGGGAAAAUUACUGGUUUCGCCAUUUCAGAUCUGUGUUGUCUGAGAGUAUUAACGUUUUAAUUACGUUUAAGCAAAGAAAUGCUGAUUUUUAAUAUGUAUGUAAUUGUUUUGAAAAAUGCACACAUUUUAAGAGAAAAGACUGUGCUAUGAAGAAACCAGUUUAGACACUGCGAUAAACUAACAAUUCCAAAAGACUCAUCUGCAGCAGCCCUGUAAAUUUCUUUAAAUGGUAAAUGACUCUACAGUCUGACCAAUUUUUUUUAUUUUAAAUAUACUUCCUUUUAUGUGUUCAACAAUUAAAUGCCUUGGGUCAUUCAUUUCAUCACAGGAUUCUUCAGGUAUUCCAGAAAUCAAUCAAAUUCUUUUUAAACGUUUAGAAAAAGUUCUCACCAACUUUGUGGUUAUUGGAGUUUUUGCUUUGAUGGCAAGUCUUCAAGAAUUGUGGCUCACUUAGCAAACAAGGGCUGCUUCAUACGUUAACAUUUCUAGCAUGUGCCAAUGUUGUACAUGCUGAAGGACAAUAUUUUGCCCCCAAACACAUGUAAUAAAUGUGUAUUACAGGUACAAGUUACAGGGAAGUCCUGAUUGGCCAUGCCUCCCUGCAUUAUAUAUAUAUUCUGGUGGAAAAAUGUAUUCUUAACCUAAUGUGCAAAGUCGUCCUACUUCCUUGUAUUGAGCCUUACUAAGCAAGUUUAACCAUGUAUUCAUCUCAGGGUUAUUGAUACUUUUUCAUUUUUCUUACCAGUCCCUAAACAAGGGUGUCUUUUAUUCCCUAUGCUGGUGGAGGGAAACAUUAUUCAUCCCAGUUUGUAAUGUCUUUGUGCACCUAACCACCUUUUAUCACCAGUGUUGAUGUACCUUGGACUGAUUGUUUUACAUUUUUUUAUUAUUUAAUAUGGAUUUUUGCUUUUAUUAAACGCCAGAAUGUUUUUGAAAAAGGUUAUCUCAACGUGAAAAUGCAAAAUUGUGAUUUACAUGUAGAUGAGUUCAGUUCCUUCAGAACUCAAGGUACCAUUUUAAGAGAGACUAAAAAUGUGAAAAUAGCA